UUAAACACAACCUGACUUUCAUUCCAGCUUGAAUGAUGGCGGGCUGUACUAGGGCGUGCCGUCUGAAGAUUGAAAUGCUGUUUACUUUUAUAUCGUGUUUUGUAUUCAUCAGCAUUCAAGGUGUUGCAUCCAAAGACUGUGACAUUCCAUUUGUUGUGAGAGGAACAUGGUUUUACCGAGAGAAUGGUGAAUACUUCACUACUGAAAUCAAUGGGGAUUCCAUGACUGGAAGAGGAAAUUGUCUUUCUUCCCAUCAUUCACAUCAUGUCAACUACACAUUUGUCUUUUAUGAUGUACAAACAACUUGUUAUCAUUGUGUCAAAUUUUUUGUCAGAACAGUCAACAUCCUUGACAAAAUUGAAUCUGGAUGCAAAACACUCAGGGACAAAUCUCCAUCUUUGAAUUCAAUAUGUGAAGGAAUCAAUCCUGAUCAGCAGCUCAUUACACUCUAUGCUGAAAAUUUUGUGCCAGUCAAUUGCAGAUCAGGUUUAGAAGGUGUCUGGCAAUUUGCAUAUCAAAAUCGAUUCCGUUUUACUGGAGAAUGCAAUCAUCCUGGCAAUGUUAUUCAGUCUUGCCAGACACCUGGAUCCCAGUUCUUGAUUACUAAUCAGAAGUUCACCAUAAGCUACAGGAAAUGUGAUGGGAUGAGUGAAUCUUUGGAUGGGACUGUUGAAUUUAGCUGUUUAGGAGAUUGGUUUGUUGGAAAAAAUCAUUAUUUUGCUGUAGCCAAUACUAAGGAAUCACGAAAGGAUGAGAAAUUCCGUUGCUUUUUGAAAAAUCGUGACGAUGACGAAUAUAUGGGGAAAUCUAUCACACCAGAAUGUAAUACUUUAAAAUCACCUGAAGACAGUCCUGAGCGUUAUCGCAUGACUCCUGUCAAAUCGGAAACUGUUACUCCCGGUUGUAAUCUUCCUUUAAAUUUUUCCGGACAUUGGAUCAACACGGCCAAUAUUGACGCUGAUGUUUAUAUUAAUCAAACUCACAUUGUGGAGACAUGGCACCCAGAUAUCGGAAGGUCUCGUAAAACCGUGUACGUCUGCAAAGAGUCACGUGAUUCAAGGAUUCUUCUUACUCGUCUCAACGUGGAUGGAUGUCAAAAAGACUACAUCUGCUUCGACAUCGUACCUCGACACCAUAACAUUAUCCGAUAUCGAAAAGGACUUGCCAUGAUUAAAGAUGACUUUCACACUGUCUGCUCUUGGACACAAUUUCCUGCUAAGAAUGCCUGGAAAUAUGAUCUAUUAUUAGCCAAAGAGCCGGUGCCUAUUCGCUGUCCCGUGGCUGGCAUGUUCCGUUUUCAGCAAAAUGGCGACAUCAAGUUUAAGACCCGUAUUUUAGGCGGAGUAACGGAUUCCCCUCGUCCGGAAAUCCACUGCAUGGACUCGGUGUCCUCGUUUCAAGUCUGUGAUUCUGGACAGAAAGAGAUGGUUAUUGAUGCAGAAUUUUGCCUCUCCACCGACACUUAUGGACGCCCUGUUGACAUCUAUAGUGACCCGGAUUACAAGCUAAAGUGUAUCGGGUUUUGGAAGGAGAAUCUUCGUUCAUAUCUUAUCACCUACGACGAGCUUGAUGCAUUCAGCCGUUACAGAUGCUGGGUAUACCAGCGGGCUGACUUGACCAAAAUCUACAUGUCUCAGGCGCUAGGCCCGUACUGUCCUCUCAAUCAAGAUGUGACGAGUUGGAACUAUACAGAAGGAGCGGCUGUUCACCUAAACAUGGAGGAAUACGAGCGAGAACGUGAUCAAUGCCCAAUGAAUUUCGAUGAUGGUGAAAACCCGUGGAGCACGUCUGAAUCAUAUAUUCAGACGUUCAGUUUUAGAGCUAGUGCAGACUACAUACGAAUCUCAUUAACAGCCAUUUUAUUACCACUGACUUUACUUUUUGUCUUUCAGCAUUAGAUUUUUGCAUAAGUGUUUGAAUGUGAAUGAGUGAUUGUUGCCGGGGGUGAUGCACACCGGAGCCGGUUUGUUUUAUUUCCAUCGUAUUUUAGUAUAUAGAAUUUCAUGAUGUGCAACACGGAUUAGGUGACAUCGCAACUUGAUUCCGUCCGUUUUACUCCGUCCGCGUGAAGUUUUUGAUCGGUUAACAUGCAAUCUCACCAUGAAUCAUUAUUUUAUGUUGUAGCAUGACUGCAUUAAUUGAAUACACUUUCCUUCCUUUUUUACAAAA